AUGUGGGCUAUUAAAGGAACACCUUCACUCCAUACACCAUCCGCUGUAUUUCUCUUUACCCUGGCAUUAUCAGACUUUGUACUUGGUAUUUACGUCCAACCCUUAUGCGCCGCACACCUUUUGGCCGCUGUGACUCACAAUCUCUCCCUGUUUUGUACGACCAGCGCUUUACUGUACCCAGUCGGUACUUACCUUUCGUUUUACUCGUUCAUGGCAAUCGCUGCUGUAACUGUUGAUCGCUAUCUCGCUCUUGUUUUACAUCUACGAUGCGCCGCUAUCAUUACAAUAAGUCGCGUGAUCAAGUUUAACAUCGCAGUUUUUAUUAUCUCCUUUCCAGUGGUAUUAUGUUAUUGGUUUUCGAGGAUCGACUGGAUCAGAACUACUUCUCUCUUCAUUGUAAUUUUCUUAUUCAUUUUUGGCACAUUUGCGAUUCCCUUCUGUUAUUGCCGGAUUUUUAUGAUUUUGCGGCGACAUAAAAAGCAGUUACAGGAUCAAAACGACUUAGCAAAGAGGAUUCACGGAUUUUCAGAGAAUGACCUCUCCAAGUACAGGAAAUCUGUCCUCGCAAUUCUUUAUGUGUUUGGUGUUAAGGUAUCAAGUUAUAUGCCAUGUAUUAUUAGUUUUACGUCAGCGAAUUUCUUUGACGAGGGCGUAAGCUGGGAAGUUACUUUUGUCUCAGCUAUAGUGGUGCUGUGGAAUUCUACAUUCAAUCCACUGUUUUAUUUUUGGAGAACUACAGAAAUUCGACGGUUUGCAAUCUCGAAAUUGCGACGCAUAUCUAGAGUCAGCAGUCUACCGCACAAUGCUGUGCACGUUGAACCAGUCAACGUCACACUGAACGCAUCAUGUAUUUGCACUAAAAGUACACAAGCUACCACCAAUACUGAUACAGAAUGGUAAGAUACAAAGACGUAAACCUCAGGGAUUAUCCCUCUGAGAAAAUUAGAUAAAUAAAAGAGGAACAGAGGUAGCGAAAACUCUUCUCUUUUUGGUUGAAUAUCAUCUAAACUCUUAGUCACUUUGGGGAAGGUGUAGGAUUUUGUAAAGUAGGUAAUUAAUAACUUUUAUCAAUAGAGGGUGACACAUAAACAGCAUUAAACUUAUGACCGGAUGGCCCUCUAUAUUAACCCUUUGACUUCUAAGAGCAACUAGCAUCUAAUUUCUCCUUACAAAAUCACCCCUGUAUCAAACAUCAAGGUCAUGAGAAUAAAGAAACUGAUCACUAACUUAAGAAGCUCUUGAUUGUUCAACAAAUUCUCCUUAUCAGCACCUUGGAAAUGUUAAGAAAACAGUAUGGAGAAUAUACAUUUUGACAUUAGGGUGUAAAGAGCUAAAAGAUCCAAUAAAAGAGUUCAACACUAUGCAAAAAAAUGUUUCUUUUCGAUAGCAGAACUAAAAGAAAAGGCGGUGGUUGAUUUGCUUGUUUCGACACUGCGAUCCCACUGGUUCCCCAUGAUAUUCUCCAUGUUAUGUAUUUUUUUUAUUUACUUUGGACAUCAUGAACGAAAAGUGUUUAAAAAAGAUGACAGACGUUCAGUGUAAUUUUAGGGAUUAACUUUUUCUUUGAAAAAUACUUUUGCAAGUGUAGAGAUAUUGCGUUAUCCUAUUCUGCACGUGUCUCGGCACGUGCCCUCUGAUCACCAGUUUGAUUUCAGCCAAUCAUCUACCUUAGCAUAACAAGUAAUUAUGUAAUAAUAUGAUUCAUCUCCGCGUGUCCGCAGCACUCAGACGUCCUUGGAUAUUCCUUGUUUUGGUCGAUUAAAAAUGUUCGUCUUUGACUCGCCUGUUGAUUCGCAUUGAUCUCGUUACAGCAAGAAAAACAACGAAAACCUUUGGUGAUUAUACUUUCGUAUCUGUUGUAUCAAUUACGUUUUAAUUUGUUCAGGCGAGUUCCAUGCAAUCCUUUUGUACAAAACAUCGGUCGAAUAGCAACAAAACCUUAUCAAUUUAAAGUUUUUUAUCCGGUCCUGGGGUCAAAAAGGAAUUUUAAUUAAAACCGCACUAUGAACCAAGUUCAAUGUAAGCUGGGAAAACUGACCCCACAGACCGAACUAUUGUACGAAAAAGUAUUAGGUAAGGUAAACUUUUUGCUUAAAGAAAGUGAUAGUUUUUGUUGCGGUGAAAAUAACCAUUUUAAAAAGAUGGAUCUGAGUUUUGCAGGUUAGUCAAUUGCAGGGAAAAAGGAACUUGACUCAGUACUGAGGUACGUGAGUGUUAUUUUACUAAAUUUUUUUAGCAGAUAUUUGUCGGCUGUUUCACUGCUCGGCUCUCUUGGCAGUAGGAAUUUAAGUUCUCAAGUCUGCUUGAAUGUAAGAGGGAAUUUACGAAAACUUCUGAUUCUCUCUCGAUUUCACCAAAUCGGCAACAGGCAAACGUCGUUUUAGAGAUGAAGGUCUGCAAAGAAACUGCAAAAAAAAUACCAAAUUAUAGAUCCAAACGCAAAAUAAAGAAUUGUCAAUACUGACUCAGUUUUUUAAAACUAAAACUAAAAUGACAACUUGUUUUUUUAAAAACAGUUUUCAUUUUGAACAAAUGUUGUUGCGAUAUGGUUUGGACCCCACACAAAUGCUUUAUUAAGGCAAUUGCAAAGACAACUGCAAGUAAAAUAUUUCCAAAAAAAAUUACAUAAAAUAGGAGAGGACAAGGUAGUUUAAUGUCCUGGCUACUUCCAAAAUUUUCUCAAUGAUUUCCCUACAUUUCUCUGUCAUAAAUUAAGAGAAUCGAACGCACGCUUUGAAAAUUAAAUUUAAAAAAUUCUUUAAGGAAUAGCACUGCAUAUUCAAACCACCACGUAUUAAAACCACUUACUCUGGAGCUUAAUUAUCUUAUGGAUUCUUAAACAAGAAAACACUUCUUUACGGAUAGGUUUGUCUUUCCUUGGUACAGUGCUUGGUGGAUAAUGAGUGUGUUGAAAAUAUGAGAAGUUACAUAAUGACUGCACGGUCACUAGUUGAUGUCUUCUGCACUGACUAUUCACUCUUUCUUUCGUUUCUUUUUCUCAGAAAUCAUCCUUUGACAGGCAUCUUCUCUUAUGAGUGGGAGAUAUGGAGGAACGAACAAACAACUUAACAUUUCCUACUAAUUUUAGCACUUUCACUGACACCAAUAACUGCCUAGUUGAAUUUGAUGGAAGUACUUCAAUGGAAAAUCUUCCUGUGUCUAUGUUACAUAACGUUGUCAACAUUCUAUCAAUCCCCGUUGCAACAAUGGCGAACUUUUUCGUUCUGUGGGCCAUAAAAGAGAGACCUUCCUUGCACACACCAUCUUCGGUGUUCCUGUUUAUACUAGCGCUAUCUGAUUUUGCAAUUGGUGUCUUCGUUCAACCGUUGGUUGUCAUUCGAUCCUUUGGUGCGGCAUCCCAUAAUUAUCGCUUGUCCUGCAUAUCCAACGUCUUAAUUUUCGCCGUGGGUACCGCCCUUGCUUCCAUGUCCUUCGCGUGCAUAACUGAAAUAAGUUUCGAUCGAUACCUGGCACUAGUACUACAUCUACGAUACAAUUCAAUCAUCACUGUCAGACGUGUGAUCAAGUACAAAAUCAUAGCAUCUGUUGCAAUCUUUCCAAUAACAAUAUACUUCUGGUUCUCGAAGGAGGAGUGGUUCAAGAGGACAGUUCUUACGGUUGCGAUCACACUGGCCGCCAUCUGCGGCACACUAAUUCCUAUCUCGUAUUAUAAAAUUUUCAUGAUAUUGCGACGGCACAAAAGGCAGAUACGGAACCAAAAUAACGUAGCUACAUGCACACAAGGAUUUACCGACACUGACAUUUCUAAAUACAGAAAAUCUGUACUUGCAAUUCUAUACGUUCUUGGAGCAGUCGCCUUAAGUUAUAUUCCGUUAGGAGUAUGUACUUGGAUGCAAAUGGUGUUUCAGGCGAAGAUAAACCAGUUGGUGACUAGUUCUGCGGGACUAUUGGUUUUAUUAAACUCCUCGAUUAAUCCUCUUGUCUACUGCUGGAGGAUGACAGAAAUUCGAAGGUUUAUUGUCAUGAAAUUACGUAGCAUAUUAGGCGUUGAUCGUGGAAGACAAGUCCGAUCAGUUGGAAUGAUAACACGUUAA